AUGGUGAUGAAGAUAAUGAGUUGGCCUCCAUGGCCACCUCUCUCUUCCAAGAAAUUUGAGGCAGUUGUGACAGUGCACAGGAUUGAAGGGUCAAGAGGUUUGGAGAAAGUUGAAGAGAUGAGGUCCUUGGUGGUUGAAAUCAAAUGGAAGGGUCAGAAAGGUGUGGCCUUGAAGUCAUUGAGGCGCUCCAUCAAGAGAAGUUUCACAAGAGAAGAGGGUCCAGGUGAUGCAGGAGGAGUAGUUGAAUGGAAUCAGGAGUUUAGAAAUGUGUGCACCUUUACAAGGCAUGCUUUUUACUUUUGGUUUCUUGGGUUUGAAACUUACCAACACCUGAGGGCAUUAAUUCCCUUAAAUGCACCUGGACAUGAGAAUAUACCUUUAAGAUUGCUGGCGGAUGAGGGGUUUAGUCUUGACUUAGAAAAUGUUCUUGUCCUCCGUUUCUGUGAUCUUAUCCCUUUUUUUAACGAAGUGUUAUUACCAAUGCAAGUGCAUACUCUGGUAUCGAAGCAAGGCCCCAAAACCAGGGCCUAUGUAGCUGGUGUUACAUCAAUAAACUUAGCUGAAUACGUGCCUGCAGCUGUGGAUAAAGACACUGAAAUUGUAGUUCCUUUGAAUGUCCCUGGCACCAAUGAUACUACUAAUCUCUCAAUUUGUUUAUCUCUUAGUUUGCUAAAACUGGAGGCCCUUCAAGAAUAUUUGGAUGCAGUGCAAAGAUCCAUAGUGUGUACUCCUUCAUCACCUUGUUCUGUAGAAGCUCUCUCAACAAAUAAAGAUGAAUAUACUACACUCAAAGCAGGUCUGAGAAGAGUAAAAAUAUUUGCUGAUUAUGUAUCAACUGGAAGGGCCAAGAAGGCAAGCUCCAAAGAUGAAGGAAGUGAUGGUAGGAGUUCCAAUAGAAGCGAAGAUUCUGAAUAUAGGUAUACAUCUGAUGCAGAUUCCCUGGAUAACGAUGCUGCAAUUAAGUCAGAGGAGAAUGAAGAGGAUUCUUGUGUGAGACAUUCAUUGAACUAUGAGACUCUGGCCUCUGGGAACUGUGCAGGAGGAUUACCAUAUUCAAGUUCAAUUGUUAAUGGUAAAGAUGAGUGCUGGAUCUACUAUGGUAACCAAAAUUUGGAUUAUAGAAGUGCACAUGUUGAGAAUUAUAAUACAUGUGAUCAGAGUGAGUAUCACAACUCAAAACAUCGGAUCCUUUCUUGGAGAAAAAGGAAACUGCACUUUAGAUCUUCCAAGGUAAAAGGGGAGCUACUUUUGAAAAAACAAUAUGGAGAAGAGGGUGGAGAUGAUAUUGAUUAUGAUCGUAGGCUUCUAAUCUCUUCUGAUGGAAAGUGGCAUAAAAUACAAGAUAGUAUCACUACUAGUCAAUCAUUUGUUCCUGAAUUUGAGGAGAACAGUUUCACUGUAGGGAAUUGGGAGCAGAAAGAGGUCAUUAGCCGAGAUGGACAGAUGAAGCUGCAUACCCAAAUCUUUUUCGCUUCAAUCGAUCAAAGGAGUGAACAUGCUGCUGGGGAGAGUGCAUGUGCUGUCCUGGUUGCUCUCAUUGCUGAUUGGUUAAAAGUGAAUCAACUUGUGAUGCCUAUCAAGUGUGAAUUUGAUAACCUGAUUAGAGAUGGAUCAUCAGAAUGGAGAACACUUUGUGAGAACAAGGACUACAUAAAGAGGUUUCCAGAUAAACACUUUGAUAUUGAAACUGUUCUACAAGCCAAAAUCCAUCAAGUAUCUAUAGUCCCAGAAAAGUCCUUUGUUGGAUUUUUUAUCCCAGAGGAACCUGACAGUGAAGGUUUUGACUUCCUUCAUGGUGCAAUGUCCUUUGAUAGCAUAUGGGAGGAAAUAAGCCAUUGUGCAUCGGAACUUCUCAUGGUUAGGGAGCCUUUGGUGUACAUAGUGAGUUGGAAUGACCAUUUUUUUGUCCUCAAGGUUGAGAAAGAUGCUUACUACAUCAUUGACACUUUGGGGGAGAGACUACAUGAAGGAUGCAAUCAGGCUUACAUCUUGAAGUUUGAUACAAGCACAAAAAUUGAGAAACUGACUAAGAAGGAAAAUAAAGCAUUGGAACGAAAACCUCUCAAUGUUACAGUGAAGAUAAAUGGUUCAGAGGAAAACGUAGUUGGUGAAUCUUUCAUGGUCACCCCAAAUGAAAGCAAUGAUAGAAAGGAGGGGAUCAUAUGUAGAGGGAAGGAGUCAUGCAAAGAGUUCAUAAAAAGCUUUUUGGCUGCAAUUCCCAUAAGAGAGCUUCAGGUUGAUGUCAAGAAAGGCUUGAAAGCAUCCAUGCCACUUCAUCAUAGACUACAAAUUGAGUUCCACUACACACACCUCAAGUAA